AUGGCCCUGCAAGGACUUAAUUCAGCCGCUUUAAAAGCCGGCGACCCAGAGCCAGCCCAGCUGGAAAGAGGCAAAUUCCGCCUCUACAACAUGCGAUUCUGCCCGUGGGCCGAGAGAGCCUUGCUUUAUGCUGCUGCCAAGGGUAUUGACGUUGAAAUUGUCAACAUCAAUCUGCAAGACAAGCCAGAAUGGUACUUCGAGAAACAUUAUCAAGGCAAGGUCCCAACCCUGGAAUACAACGGAAAGUGCGUAAUCGAAUCCAGCCUCAUCCCACAAUUCCUCGAUGAUUUGCUGCCGGAGAAUUCGAUUCUGCCAAAAGAUGCGUAUGACAGGGUCCAUCAAAAGAUUCUGGCAGAACGCAACCUUGCUAUCUCCACAGCUUUCUACGGUACUCUCGCUGCCCUGAAAGAUCCUGGCCUUCGUGAGGAGAAAAUGGCGACUAUGAAUAAGGCCCUAGACGAUGCUGAGAAUCUGUUGAAGGAUACCUUCUUCGGAGGAAAAUCGCCAUCAUAUGCUGACUACUUGACUUUCCCAUUUCUCGAGAGGACCUGGUGGGCAAGCCACAUUGAGGGCGUGACUGGAUAUGACAAAACGAACUUCCCAUGCAGCAAGCGCUUCCCGAAAUUGACAAAGUGGUUCAAUGAGAUGCUAGCAAGACCAGAAGUAGCUCAGAAUUUGAUGCCCGUCGACACUGCCCUAGCCUUUUUGGAUGGCUACCGCCAGGGAAAGCCAAACUAUGACGAGGGAAUU